AUUUAGGCGAUCAAUUGGGCGUGCCAAGGUUGGACCACUUCAACCACCGUAUAAAAGCUCAAAAUCUCAUUGUGGAUGGUAUCAGUUGAAUUAAUCUUCAGACGAAUCACAAACCAAAAUGAACUCCUUCGCUGCUGUUGUCUUCUUCGCCGCUUUGGCAGCUGCCAAUGCUAGUGUGAUCGCCCCAUUGGCCUAUUCUGCAAUCCCUACCGGCCACAUCGUACAAGGACCUAGCUCAAGGACCACUGUAGUAGGCCCAGACGGUAGUGCAAUCUCAUCAGUAGCUCCAGGAGGUACUAUCAUCACUGACCACGAUGCCACCAUUGUCGCCCAAGCUGCACCAGCUGCUGUUAUCGCUCCAGCUGCCAGGCUCGCCGUUGCUCACACUCCUCUCGUAGCUGCUCAUUCCUCUCUCGUAGCUGCUCAUUCCCCUCUCGUAGCUGCUCACCCCCAAUUGAUUGCUGCUCCAGGAAUCACUACCUACGCUGCUAAUGUUCCAGUCUUGUCCCACCAGGCUGUUGCUGUACCAGCUCUUGGAAAUAUUGCUGCCGAAAACACCGUUGUCGCUGGUCCCUCUGGAACCAUCACCCAAUCUAGAUCCCUUGACGCCGCUCAACAUGUCACCGUUUGGUAGAAUGUUAUGAUUGUGUUGUAGAUAAUAUAGUUUUAAUUUCGUAA